GAUCAGGCGGGGAGGAGAUCCCCAGAAAGUUUGCGGAGCGGCGGCGGGGCCGCACCGAGGGAUGCGCUCCGCUCUCCCUGCCGCCCCCGACCAAGUCGGGUAUCCCGGCACGGCCGAACCAGGCUAGCCAUGGGACUGCAUUCUCCUGUCCUUCUGCUGUGUGCCUCUGUCUCCUUGCUGGGAGGACUGACUUUUGGCUAUGAGUUGGCCAUCAUCUCUGGGGCAUUGCUACAGUUGCAGUUAGACUUUGGGCUCAGCUGCUUUGAGCAGGAGGUUCUGGUGGGGACCCUGCUGCUUGGAGCUCUCCUAGCCUCCUUAGUUGGAGGGUUCCUCAUCGACCGGUAUGGGAGGAAGAAAGCCAUCUUAUUUAGCAAUGCUAUGCUGCUUGCCAGCAGCCUGAGCCUGAGCCUGGCAGGCUCGCUGGCGUGGCUGGCCAUGGGCCGAGGCACAGUGGGCUUUGCCAUCUCUCUGUCCUCCAUGGCCUGCUGCAUCUACGUCUCAGAACUGGUGGGACCUCGGCAUCGGGGUGUGCUGGUGUCCCUGUAUGAAGUGGGCAUCACUGUGGGUAUCCUGGUCUCCUAUGCGCUCAACUACGUGCUGGCUGACACAGUGCAAGGCUGGCGCCACAUGUUUGGCUGGGCAGCUGCCCCGGCCCUCAUGCAGUCCCUCAGCCUCGUGUUCCUCCCACCAAGCCUGGUUCCACAAUACAAGUCUGAACUGGAGACCCAUAAGGGCCUCAUUCCCCUCCAAGGCCUCGAGGAAGCAGCAGAAACCACAGCCGGCCCCAACAGCAAGAAGCAGUAUUCUUUCUUCAGCCUAUUUAGGGCCAAGGCUAACAUGCGGGGCCGGACCGCCGUGGGCCUGGGCCUCGUGCUCUUCCAGCAGCUCACCGGCCAACCCAAUGUGCUCUGCUAUGCGUCUACCAUAUUCCGCUCGGUGGGUUUUCGAGGGGGCUCUUCAGCCACCCUGGCUUCAGUGGGCCUUGGAGGGGUGAAAGUGGUUGCUACAUUGGUGGCGAUGGGACUGGUGGACCGUGCUGGGAGGAGGGUGCUGCUGAUGGCUGGCUGUGCUGUCAUGGCCAUCUCGGUCAGCGGCAUUGGGCUAGUUGGCUUUACUGUGUCAAUGGACCCCACACAGGGCUGCCAUAUGCCUCCUGGGGCACUCAACACAACCUCUGCCUCCAGGCUUCCUGCCUUCCAGGUAGAGCCCAGCCUACCUCCUCUCCAAGGGGCCAGCAGGAACCAAGGCAGUUCAGGUUAUGCCAUCACAAGAUUUACUUCCCUAAAGAUGGACACGUCUGGUCCCAAACCCAGAGGGACAGUUGCUAAUUCCCCUGGGGUUCAGGGAGCUGUUCCUCCAACUCACCACAUACUGGCAUAUGGCACCAAUAACCUGGUUACUGACUCCUCGACCAGCGAACACAGGGUCUUAAACUGGAUCUCCUUACUCUGCAUGAUGGCAUUUGUGAGCGCCUUUUCUUUUGGAUUUGGACCAAUCACCUGGCUGGUCCUCAGUGAAAUCUAUCCAGCUGAAAUCCGAGGACGGGCAUUUGCCUUCUGCAAUAGUUUUAACUGGGCUGCCAACUUGCUGAUCAGCCUCUCCUUCCUGGAUCUGAUUGGAGCAAUCGGCUUGUCCUGGACCUUCUUGCUUUAUGGGCUGAUGGCUGUGCUUGGCCUGGGUUUCAUUUAUUUAUUUGUCCCUGAAACCAAAGGCCAGUCCCUGGCAGAGAUAGACCAGCAGUUCCAGAGAAGACGGUUCUCUCCUGGGAAACUGAUCAGCGGCCGUCUGGGCCAAGGACCCAGCUCAGCCUGGGCUCAAUACAGCCUGGUAGAUACGUCUACUGCCUCCUGAGAUACUCCAGCUUCAUGGAAGGAAGGACACAGAUCUGAGGUCUCUAGCAGUUGGGGCCAAUGUAGUCACUGAACAUUUUCAUCUUUCUCUGAUAAGAAAUCAUUGUGUUCCACAAUGAUUCAGGGUCACCUUAGUACCUUCAUGUAAUAGGAGAGGAGAGGCCAAGUUGUGACCGGUCAUUUCCUCUCCCCACCCCAGAAUCCCUCUCUUCUCAAGGACAAUCAGGAAAUCCUGAACCUUUGCUCUCAGCUUUGGACUGACUGGUAGCAGGGAACCAGACUCAACUGAUGUGCCCUGCCUUAGUUUCUCCCUUUGGGCUUCUAUAAUAAGGUGUUUAAACAUCUGAAAUAUAAUAAUUAAAAUUGUGGCUUAUAGGGUA